CUUGGACACCAUGGGGCAGAAGCAGGGUCAAGCAAACUUAGAAAAUGCGUGCUGUUAACAUACACAUCUUCAACAGAGAUGUUAACUUCCCCUGUGGUUCAGAGCUAGGAAGAAGUGGAGCCAGGAUUUGAACCCAGAUAAGACAACUAAGGCCCAGAGACAGUAAGGAAUUUGCCUAGGAUCACACAGCUAAGUUCAGCCGAUCACAAAGCUGUGCCCUGAACCAUUGCUACCCAAAGCAUCAGAAAGUGCCAGAUGGACAUGAACAAAGCCAGGAUCAACCCGAAGAUGCCCAGCAGUACAGCCAGGCAGAUCACCGUCAGCAUCGACAUGCUCAAGGCCCCAGGCUUGCGGGCUGAGUCCCUCAGGUGGUCCACACUGGUGACAAACAUGACCCUCAACAGGGAUCGGGUCUGUAAGGGGGGGCUUCCCUGGUCCUCUACUACUAUCUCCAGCUCCCACUCACUCCCAAUGAGGCUGCUGGCAUUGGUGACAUUGACGAACAGCUGCCCCGUAUGAGGGUUGAGGAUGAAGAGGUGGGCUUCAUUUCCACUGCGGAUGCUGUAGAGGGGCUCUCCAUUUGCCCCCGAGUCUGCAUCUCUUGCCACAAUGGUUGUCAAAAGGAAUGGCCGGGAGCUGUGAGUGGCCAGUGGAGGUGUGUCAGUGCCUGCUGGACCCAAGCCAUUGGGGGUCUCGAUGGGCACCAGCAGGUGGCCUGUGGAGGCAUUCACAAGCAUGGAGAGGCUGGCUUUUCCAUCGCUGAGCACAGGCUGGACCACCUCUGGGGCAUUAUCAUUGGCAUCCAAGAGGCUGACCCACACAGAGACACUGGAUGCAAGCGUGGGUUGCCCGCUGUCCUCUGCGAUCACCUGGAACUCAAAGCCGGCCAUCUCUUCAUAGUUCAGUGACCUCUGAGCAGUGACCUCUCCUGUGUGGGAGUCAAUAGCUACUAAGUGAGCAACUGGGGAGUCCUGGAUGCGGUAUGAGACUUUUCCAUUAAUGCCCAAGUCUGCAUCAUGAGCCUUGAUGGUAAUGAGGUGAAGAGAGGAUGGCAGGAUUUUCAUAAUAUAUGUAGUAUGAGUUCCACAUCUUGGCCUCUUACCCAGCUUCAGCAGUCUCAGCUCCACCAGUUAGAGAAUAAAUGGGAUUUGCAUGAACUCCACUCUGAGCUGAAAUACAGACUGCGGUGUUAAUAUCCUUUUCUUCUGAUUGUUAUUAACAGGUCCUUAUGUCAUCAGAAGAUCGAGAAGCUCAGGAGGAUGAAUUGCUGGCCCUGGCAAGUAUUUACGAUGGAGAUGAAUUUAGAAAAGCAGAGUCUGUCCAAGGUGGAGAAACCAGGAUCUAUUUGGAUUUGCCACAGAAUUUCAAGAUAUUUGUGAGCGGCAAUUCAAAUGAGUGUCUCCAGAAUAGUGGCUUUGAAUACAGCAUUUGCUUUCUGCCUCCACUUGUGCUGAACUUUGAACUGCCACCAGAUUAUCCAUCCUCUUCCCCACCUUCAUUCACACUUAGUGGCAAAUGGCUGUCACCAACUCAGCUGUCUGCUCUAUGCAAGCACUUAGACAACCUAUGGGAAGAACACCGUGGCAGCGUGGUCCUGUUUGCCUGGAUGCAAUUUCUUAAGGAAGAGACCCUAGCAUACUUGAAUAUUGUCUCUCCUUUUGAGCUCAAGAUUGGUUCUCAGAAAAAAGUGCAGAGAAGGACAGCUCAAGCUUCUCCCAACACAGAGCUAGAUUUUGGAGGAGCUGCUGGAUCUGAUGUAGACCAAGAGGAAAUUGUGGAUGAGAGAGCAGUGCAGGAUGUGGAAUCACUGUCAAAUCUGAUCCAGGAAAUCUUGGACUUUGAUCAAGCUCAGCAGAUAAAAUGCUUUAAUAGUAAAUUGUUCCUGUGCAAUAUCUGUUUCUGUGAGAAGCUGGGUAGUGAAUGCAUGUACUUCUUGGAGUGCAGGCAUGUGUACUGCAAAGCCUGUCUGAAGGACUACUUUGAAAUCCAGAUCAGAGAUGGCCAGGUUCAAUGCCUCAACUGCCCAGAACCAAAGUGCCCUUCGGUGGCCACUCCUGGUCAGGUCAAAGAGUUAGUGGAAGCAGAGUUAUUUGCCCGUUACGACCGCCUUCUCCUCCAGUCCUCCUUGGACCUGAUGGCAGAUGUGGUGUACUGCCCCCGGCCGUGCUGCCAGCUGCCUGUGAUGCAGGAACCUGGCUGCACCAUGGGUAUCUGCUCCAGCUGCAAUUUUGCCUUCUGUACUUUGUGCAGGUUGACCUACCAUGGGGUCUCUCCAUGUAAGGUGACUGCAGAGAAAUUAAUGGACUUACGAAAUGAAUACCUGCAAGCAGAUGAGGCUAAUAAAAGACUUUUGGAUCAAAGGUAUGGUAAGAGAGUGAUUCAGAAGGCACUGGAAGAGAUGGAAAGUAAGGAGUGGCUAGAGAAGAACUCAAAGAGCUGCCCAUGUUGUGGAACUCCCAUAGAGAAAUUAGAUGGAUGUAACAAGAUGACAUGUACUGGCUGUAUGCAAUAUUUCUGUUGGAUUUGCAUGGGUUCUCUCUCUAGAGCAAACCCUUACAAACAUUUCAAUGACCCUGGUUCACCAUGUUUUAACCGGCUGUUUUAUGCUGUGGAUGUUGACGACAAUAUUUGGGAAGAUGAGGUAGAAGACUAGUUAACUACUGCUCAAGAUAUGGAAGUGGAUUGUUUUUCCCUAAUCUUCCGUCAAGUACACAAAGUAACUUUGCGGGAUAUUUAGGGUACUAUUCAUUCACUCUUCCUGCGUAGAAGAUAUGGAAGAACGAGGUUUAUAUUUUCAUGUGGUACUACUGAAGAAGGUGCAUUGAUACAUUUUUAAAUGUAAGUUGAGAAAAAUUUGUAAGCCAAAGGUUCAGAAAAUGAAACUACAGAAUAUUAAAUAUUAUAAUGUGCCCAAAGCUCUGAAUAGUUAAAAAUUAAAUAUUUAUUUUCUUCCCCAAGCUUUAGGUAAGGAGAAGAGGGGUCAAGAGUUAAACUUAGAGACCCUUUGUCUCUGAGAAGCAUCCUUCUAAGACAUUCUGUUGGAGUUCCCUCAGUACUAUUCCUUACAACUGGAGUGGGUAGAAGCCUUACGAAAAUUAUACUGAGAACCUGAUCUCAUUUACUCCAUGUUAAUCACAUUCCUACCAACCUAAAUUUCUGCCAAGUCAGUUCUCUUUGGAGGAAGCCCUUUACUCUGUAACUGACUGGAUGGUCCAGUGUCAUUUUGAUCUGCUUUUCAGAAUGGAAAUUUAUAAUAUAAAUAUAUGUUUUAAUACCACAAACACUGUGGGGCACUUGAUAUUUAUUAGUGGUGUAUAUGGUCCACUGGUUUCAGGCCAAAUCUAGAAUUUAGUGAUACUGGCUCAGAAGAAUUUAAGUUCUAUUCAACUUUCCUGGGUGUUAGAACCUAGAUUCAAAAUGGCUUGUCUUUGCUAGUUUUGUUCCACAUUCUCUCUCUUUACCUUUGCCCUACCUUCUGUUUGUAAGGAUGAUUUUAAUAUUAAUUCCAGGAACACAUGUUUUUAUUUCCUCUGCUGGAAUAGGAGAAAGCUUAAUAUAUUCCCAAGCUGAAUGUUCUUGAAUUAUCUACAUUUACCACUGUAUAUGCACAUAGUGACAGUAUAACCUGUCUAUACUGCAGUAGUUCCAGUCCUAACUUUCUGAAUUAUUUUUAAAGAUCUUCUCUAACAAGCUAUGGGAAUUUGGCUUCAUACUCUUUUUUUGCAACAGCAGUGUUCUGGGUGAUAAUUUUGAAUUGAUACCUGUUCCUUUUUCUGGGUUUUGUUGGCUUUUUGAAAAAUUGUCUUUCCUUAUCAUUGGUGGGAGGCUUGGUAGCAAAGUAACAUUUUUUGGAAAAGAGGACAGAAAAAUUGAACUGCAGCUUGAGAACAUAUUCUUUUUUUCCUACUUUGUUAUUGCACAUUGAGGAAUCACUUUUAACUGUUUUAGGUGCGUGUGUCCAGAGUGAGCAAGGAUUAUGUUUUUGGAUUGUCAAAGAGGAUGCUUAGUCUUAAAAUAAAAAUAAAUUUAAAAAUCA